CUAACGUCAUCUGGCGCUUUCUCAAACCUCCUCCAAUGCCUCAUCCACCACUCUUUAUCGUGGUUGUUCUGAAUCAACACAGCGCAUAUCCGCUCCUGAUACCGUCUCUCCAUUAUUAUAUCUUGGUUUACUCAAGAUGGGCGCGCUUCUGUCGCUGCCCUUGAUGGCAGUGCCCAGCGUUGGCACUUUAAUAACAUUCUGCGCCUCGUGUUGCGGAGCAGCUACCUGCUCAGCGAUAUGCAGUGCCUGUGGGAAGUUCCAGAGCAGCAUGGCCACGAGAAUCGCCUAUGCCGUCAUACUCUUGUUUAAUUCGAUAUUAUCCUGGAUAAUGUUGACACGAUGGGCGCUAAGCAAACUGGAACAUCUCACAUUCGACUUUUUACCGAUCAGUUGCGAAGGAGAAAAGUGCUAUGGAUGGGUAGCGGUACAUCGAAUCAACUUCGCACUUGGGCUGUUUCAUAUCAUUCUGGCACUUCUCUUGCUCGGAGUCCGUUCUUCGAAGGACGGUAGGGCUGGCCUUCAAAAUGGCUUCUGGGGCCCGAAAAUUAUCGUGUGGUUACUUUUGGUGGCCAUGUCGUUUUUCAUCCCCGAGGGGUUCUUUUUCGUUUGGGGAAGCUACAUAUCCUUUAUCGGUGCAAUUUUGUUCCUGCUACUAGGUCUUAUCCUUCUCGUCGAUCUAGCCCAUACCUGGGCCGAGAUCUGCCUGCAAAAGAUCGAAGAGCUCGAUUCUCAAAUGUGGCGUGUCUUAUUGAUCGGUUCGACACUGGGCAUGUAUCUUGCGUCCAUUGCCAUGACUGUGGUCAUGUACAUAUUCUUCGCUCACUCCGGAUGUGCCAUGAACCAAGCUGCCAUCACAAUCAAUCUUAUCGUCUUCCUGAUUAUCUCCGUGGUCUCGGUUCAGCCUGCAGUUCAGGCUUCCAACCCUCGAGCAGGAUUGGCACAGGCUGCAAUGGUUACAGUUUAUUGCACGUAUUUGAUGUUGUCUGCCGUGUCAAUGGAACCUGACGACCGCCAGUGCAACCCCCUGGUCCGCGCUCGCGGCACCCGAACAGCUUCUAUCGUGAUCGGUGCCAUAGUUACAAUGUUGACCAUUGCAUACACUACUACUCGCGCUGCUACGCAAGGUAUCGCUCUAGGUUCGAACGGGGCACAUAACUACUCACGCUUGGGUCAAGAUGAGAUGGAACAUGGGCUUGUAACUCAACAACCUGGGCUGAGUCGCAGAGAAAUGCGUGCGGAGGCUCUCCGCGCUGCUGUUGAGAGCGGGAGCUUGCCAGCAAGUGCUCUCGACGAAAGUGAUGAUGAGUCAGACGACGACCGGUCAAACAGGGACGAUGAACGUCACUCCACGCAGUAUAACUAUACCCUGUUCCACGUUAUCUUUUUCCUAGCAACCACGUGGGUCGCAACCUUGCUCACGCAAAAUUUGGAUCCGGAGGCGAAGGACAAUUUGGCUCCUGUCGGUAGGACAUAUUGGGCUACUUGGGUGAAGAUCAUCAGUGCUAUGGUGUGCUACGCGAUUUACCUAUGGACUUUGAUUGCUCCGGUUUUGCUACCUGAUCGAUUCGACACUACGUAAAAAGCACGAAAUACCACGGUUGACGACACAUUCUUCUCUAAUUCUUGUUGGCGUUCGUUGCAUUUGGGCCUGUUUUUUUAAAUUUGGAAUAGUACUCUUUAACCUAGUUAGUUUGCGCUCAAGAAACCGUAGAUACACCACUCUUUAUUAGUCUUUAGUCAAAUGCAUUAUCUUUACAGGUGGACCUAUAUCCGUCCACUCAUCAAUCUGCGUCGCUACAUCCGAAAGGCGGUUUUUGGGCAGAAACGGCGGAUGACGUCAGCAUCGCUGGGUCGUCUUCAGCCACUGAUUUACGCGCCCACCAACGCGUCUGCGUAGAAUGAACUCCUGCAUAGAACCACCACCAUGGGAUGAAUAUGGCCACCAUCAAGGCCAUCGAAGCUCGUUCGGUCCACCAAAUCCAAUCUGGUCAAGUGAUUGUCGACCUUUGCUCCGUCGUGAAGGAGCUGGUGGAGAACAGUCUGGAUGCUGGAGCGACAUCUCUAGAUAUCCGAUUCAAGAACAACGGGCUGGAUUUAAUCGAGGUGCAAGACAAUGGAAAGGGAAUAUCCCCAGACGACUAUGAGACAGUUGCUUUAAAGCACUACACCUCAAAGCUGUCGAAAUUCGAUGAUUUAUCCUCCCUCCAAACCUUCGGAUUCCGUGGCGAAGCCUUGUCUUCCCUCUGCGCCCUCUCCAACUUCCAUAUUAUUACCGCCCAAGCACACCAAACUCCCAAAGCCUCGAGGUUGGAAUUUGAGACUUCUGGAAGGCUUAAAAGCAAACAGGUGGUGGCAGGCCAAAAGGGGACAAUUACAUCAGUCGAGAACCUUUUCACCAAACUUCCCGUGCGACGACUGGAGUUGCAGAAGAAUAUCAAAAGAGAAUAUGGCAAGGUACUGGGCUUGUUGCAUGCCUAUGCGUGCGUCAGCACUGGUGUUCGAUUUAAUGUCAAAAACCAAAUGCCUAAAGGGAAGAGUGUCCUUGUUUUUGCAACUCAAUCCAACGCCACGACAAAGGAAAAUAUAUCCAACAUAUAUGGAGCUAAAACGCUCCUCUCUUUGACGCCUCUUGACCUCGAGUUGGAAUUUCAGCCGAGUGGAACGGGAAGAUGUUUAAUCGGGGGUGGUUCUAAUGAAGGAAACAAAAUACUCGUGCAAGGCCAUAUUUCGAAACCGGUUUUCGGGGAGGGCAGGCAGACCCCCGACCGCCAGAUGUUUUUCGUCAAUUCCCGCCCAUGCGCUCUACCGCAAAUUGCAAAGGCAUUCAAUGAGGUUUAUAAAUCUUUUAACAUCUCUCAGUCCCCAUUCAUCUUUGCCGACUUUAAAAUGGAUACGAAUUCUUACGACGUUAAUGUGUCACCUGAUAAACGCACCAUUUUGCUCCAUGAUGCCGGCGCGCUAAUAGAGUCAUUGAAGACGUCUUUGACUGAGUUAUUUGAACGUCAAGAUCAGACAGUCCCGCAUUGUCAGGCUUCUCGGAAACAAUCUAUGCUGCAGUAUCCUCAGAGCACAAAUAUCCCUUCCAGUCUUGGCUCUGAGAAACCUGCAAAAUCAAGCGAGCCGAGACAAUCUGAGGAUCUUGGGCAAGUUGAUGGAAGUGACGAGGAAGAUGAGCAAAGAACGAUGAGAACUUUCGUACAACGCUUUGCCGGUCGUAGUAACGCUUCAGACGAGAUUCCUGAAACCCAGCAGAAUGUGGAGGUCGGGGUGUUGCCUCUGUCUGCAGAACAAUACUCAACCGCCAACGAGAGUGUUCCGCAACCGAGAAAUAUAUCUCCCGGGGCUAACGAAAUCUUAUCUUCCCAAUCUCAAUCGUGUGAUAAUGAAAAGAGCACGACGGCAUCCCCUUCCACCCAGCUUUCAGAUAAGUCUGCGGAAAAUUGGGCUAACUCAGGCUUUACUCGUGCAUCCUCGCUUCUACGACAAGAACCGCUGCAUUCAGUACAAACCUGCUCCCCGCAACAUUCCCCCAAUGUGAUCCAGAACGCUUUCGAUCGAAUGCGCCCAAGUAGACCACCUGUCGAACUCGCAACUAUUACGGUAGGAAAACGAACUGUCACGUCCACUAUAGGUAGAGAACAGUUCAAGCGGAAAUUGGGUGCAACGAGUUUGGGAGGUUCAGCCCCUCGACCCAAACGACGAAUUCACGUUUCAACUAGCAAGAGCAAACUAGGGCAAGGUUUACGAUUGUUUGCGGCACCAGACACCAAAGUGGAUGACGAUCUGGAAAGCAUCAGUGGCGAAGAUGAACAAGCCGCUGUGGAGACUGCAUCAGAAGUCGAGUCUCUGUCUGAUCACCAUGCUGAAGAAUUUGAUGAAAUGCACCCCGAACGGGAAAGCGAGCUCGAGUAUGAAGAGGACGCCGGAAAACACGGAGAAGGCGAGAUGGAAGAAACAGGACCCACGGAGCCACAUGAUGAAGCCGAAGCCUCCGACUCCGACACGAGCUAUGUGGACGAACAAGAGGAAAAGGCUAGGGAAGAAGCGAGAGUUGCAGAGUUGAUACAAGCAGCGGAAGAGAAGGCGGCAAUUCCUUCAGACGAUACUAUCCAUAGAGUCAACAGAAUAUCGAAACGGUCCAUUGGUAGAACAUCCACAGUCGAUCUGGUAGGAUGUAUAGAUGGGUCAUUGGCCAGGAUCGAGGCUCAUAUGAAGUUGCUUCAAGAGGGACUGCAGAAUAUCAACAACAUCAGUUCUACCACGAGUGAGGGAGAGAUUACUCAGGAACCAGGAGAACCAGAGUCAGCAGAAACACAACUAUCCCUCUCGGUCUCCAAAGAGGACUUCGCCAAAAUGCGCAUUAUCGGUCAAUUCAACCUGGGAUUUAUCAUUGCAACACGACCACGCGGGGACUCAAACAACCCAUCAACCCUCCCAGGCCACAAACAUGACGAAGUAUUUAUAAUUGACCAACAUGCAUCGGAUGAAAAGUACAACUUCGAACGUCUCCAGGCCGAGACAGUUGUGCAAAACCAACGACUCGUUAAGCCAAAGACCCUCGAACUAACGGCUGUUGAAGAGGAAAUCAUAAUAGACAAUCUUCCAGCCCUGGAAAAGAACGGCUUUGUUGUAGAAGUGGACAGGAGUGGCAACGAGCCCAUCGGACGCCGAUGCAAACUUACCAGCCUACCACUCAGCAAGGAAGUGGUCUUUAACACAGGAGAUCUUGAGGAGUUAAUCGUUCUACUUGGUGAAACGCCGCAAAUACAAACGCAAUCUGCACCAUCUCCCACCUCCGGUUCCGAUGUCUUUGCUGGCAAAUAUAUUCCUCGUCCAAGUAAAGUUCGCAAGAUGUUCGCGAUGAGAGCGUGCCGUUCUAGUAUUAUGAUUGGGAAGACGCUUACCACCAAGCAAAUGGACCGGGUUGUGAGACAUAUGGGGAUGAUUGAUAGGCCAUGGAAUUGCCCCCAUGGGCGUCCGACCAUGAGACAUCUUAUGAGUUUGGGGGAUUGGAGCGUAUGGGAUGAAUGGGAGUCUGCGACACAGUUAGCAUUAGAGAAUUGCGGCGAUGUGCACGCAAGUACCGGAUUAGAUGUUUGGAAGCGAUUCCUAAGUGACUUAGACGAGGAUUAAACCCGGGUUUGCGGUGUUUUAUUAGGGAGAUCGCCUGUUUUUUUUUUUUU